AUGGCAAGAUUUGAGAUUAAGAGAAAAGUUAGUACUAAAUCUACACGAGUUAAAUGUGUUGAUUUUCAUCCUAAAGAGCCAUGGGUAUUAGCUGCACUUCAUACAGGAACAAUUUAUAUUUUAAAUUAUCAAACUAAAUCUAUUGUAAAGACACUGGAUAUUGGUGAUAAACCAAUUCGAAGUGCUAGAUUUGUUGCUCGUAAAGAAUGGAUUAUUGUUGGAAGUGAUGAUAUGAUGAUUCGAGUAUAUAAUUAUAAUACAAUGACAUUAGAAAAGAGUUUUGUUGCACAUGAAGAUUAUAUUAGAGAUAUUAUUGUUCAUCCAACAUUACCAUAUAUUUUGACAUGUUCAGAUGAUACUACAAUUAAAUGUUUUAAUUUUGAACAAAAUUUUGUUGAAGUUAUGGUAUUUAAAGGACAUACUAAUGCAGUUAUGUCAUUAUCAUUAAAUCCAAAAGAUCCUAAUAUUUUUGCAUCAGGAUCAUUAGAUGGAACAGUAAAAAUAUGGGGAUUAAAUAGUAAUUCACCACAUUUUACAUUAGAAGGUCAUGAAGCAGGAGUAUGUUGUGUAUGUUAUUUAAUAAAUGAUACAAGACCAUAUCUUUUAUCAGGAGGAGAAGAUACUGUUAUUCGAGUUUGGGAUUAUCAAACUAAAGCAUGUGUAAAUAAAUUUGAAGGACAUACUGAUGUAGUGUGGAGUAUUAAAUGUCAUGAAGAAUUCCCAAUUAUUGCAUCAGCAUCAGAAGAUUCUACAAUUAGAAUUUGGAAUAUUCAAACUAAUAAAAUUGAACGAGUAUUGAAUUAUGAUUUUGAACGUAAUUGGUCAUUGGCAUUUAAUGGGAAUUUAUUAGCUAUAGGAUCUGAUCAAGGAACAUUAGUAGUAAAAAUAGGAUCUGAUAUACCUACUAUUUCUAUGGAUGGAAAUGGAAAAAUUAUCAUGACAAAAAGACAAGAUGCUAUUAUGUAUAAUGCCAAAAAUAUUGAAUCAGGAGAUGGAGAAAUAUUAAUGCUUCCAAUGAAAGAACUUGGGGUUGUUGAUGUUUUUCCACAAAAUAUUCAAUUUUCACCAAAUGGUAGAUUUAUAGCAAUUGUAGGAGAUUCUGAUUAUAUCAUUUACACAACAUUAGCAUGGAGAAAUGUUAAAUAUGGAAAUUGUUCACAAUUUGUUUGGUCAGAUAAUGGAGGAUAUGCUGUGUUAGAAAAGAAUGGAAAUGUCAAAGUAUUUAAUAAACAAUUUGAAGAAGCCAAUAUCAAUAUCCAAGAAGAAAUUAGUCCAGAUGGAAUCUUUGGAGGAAAUUUAUUAACAUUAAAAUAUGGAGAUUCAUUAUCAUUAUAUACAUGGGAAGGACAAUUUAUUACUGAUAUUCAAAUUGUUGCUAAAAACCUUUAUUGGUCAGAUACAGAACUUGUUUCUAUUUGCUCAGAUGAUAGUUAUUAUAUUUUAAAAUAUAAUAGUGAAAUGGUUCAACAAUAUUUUAAUAAAAAUAAAAGUGUUCCAGAAGAAGGAUUAACUGAAGCAUUUGAAGUACUUUCUGAAAUUCCAGAAACUGUUAAAUCAGGAAAUUGGUAUGGUGAUGCAUUUAUUUAUAUUAACCAUAACAAUUCAUUAUGUUAUUAUGUUGGAGCAUUUUGUAAUAUUAUUACUCAUUUAGAAAAUAAUAUGUAUUUACUCGGAUAUUUACCUAAAGAAAAUAGAUGUUUCCUUAGUGAUUUAAAAGGAGAAAAUAUUAUUAGUUAUAAAUUACUUCAUUCAUUAUUAGUAUUCCAAUCAGCUGUAUUAAGAAAAGAUGAAAGUAAAAUUGAAGAAUAUUUAGCUCAAAUUCCUAAAGAUUCAUUAAGUGUUGCAGCAUUAUUUUUAAAACAGCAUGAAUAUCCAGAAUUAGCAUUAAGUAUUUCUGAUGAUCCAGAAUUUAAAUUUGAUUUAGCAGUUAGUUUACAUAAAAUUGAUUUAGCAAGAGAAAUGGCAGAUAUUAUAAAUGAUGAUCAUCAAUGGAAAGAAUUGACUAAAUUAUAUUUGGAUAAUGAUGAUAUAGAAGAAGCAAUUGAUUGUAUGUUUAAAGGAAAUGAUUGGAGUGGAAUUCUUUUAUUUGGUGUUGCAUUAAAUGAUGGUGAAUUAAUAGAACGAUUAUUGAAAAUUACAGAAGAAAAAGAAAUUUGGAAUAUUGCCUUUGUUUGUGCUCAUAUUAUGCAAAUGAAAGAAAAAUGUGUUCAAAUAUUACAAAAGACAAGUAGAUAUCCUGAAGCUGCAAUGUAUGCUGUUACUUAUGGACUUCCACCUGAAUUAGCUAAAAAUAUUGUUGAGGAAUGGAAAACUGAAUUAUCUGAAAUUUAUCCAAAACAAGCUGAGGCACUUGCAAAUCCACUUGACAACCCUGAAUUAUUUGUUCUUCCUGAACAACAAUAA